UUUUGCUGCUCUGCUCUUCUCUAUUCUCUUUGCGUUCUGAACUGAAGCACGCUGCCUAACACCAUGAGCAGUUUCAUGGCAAUGGAUCUUUCCAACUCCGUAGCCAAAUACUCAGUUCUCACCAACCUCUUCUUCUCUCCCAUGGUGAAAAAUCUCUCUCCAACGACACUUACAAUCCCCACCAUGUCCUCUGCUUCUCUUUUCCCGCCUUCCACUAAGCACCAAUGGAAAAGGAAAGACUUUAACAUUAAAAGCCACACUGCCCUCUUCAGCUCCACAAUCAGGCCUGAAGCAAGCAAAAUGGCCAGUGCACAAGUGGAAGAAGAAGUACAGGUUGAAGUUGCUGAGGGUUACACUAUUACUCAAUUUUGUGAUAAGAUGAUUGAUGUGUUUCUAUAUGAGAAGCCUAAGACAAAAGAAUGGAGAAAGUAUUUGGUGUUUAGGGAGGAGUGGAACAAAUAUAGAGAGAGCUUCUACAAUCGUUGUAGAAGACGUGCAGAUGCGGAGAGUGAUCCAACCAUGAAACAAAAAUUGAUUUCAUUGGGGCAAAAGGUGAAGAAGAUUGAUGAAGAAAUGGAAAGGAACGCUGAACUUCUUAAGGAGAUACAGGACAAUCCAACAGACAUUAACGCAAUUGUUACAAGGCGGCCUAAAGAUUUCAGUGAAGAGUUUUUUCGUUACCUCACCCUACUUUCUGAGACCUUUGAAGGUUUGGAGGAUCGUGAUGAGAUGUCUCGGCUGGGGGCUAGAUGCUUGUCUGCUGUCAGUGCUUAUGAUAACACAUUGGAAAUUGUGGACUCACUGGAUUCUGCUCAGGCCAAAUUUGAUGAUAUCUUAAACUCUCCGUCAGUGGACGAGGCAUGUGAGAAGAUAAACAGCCUUGCUAAGGCAAAGCAACUUGAUUCUUCAUUGAUCUUAUUGAUAAACGCUGCCUGGGCAUCGGCUAAGGAGUCCCCAACCAUGAAGAAUGAAGUCAAAGACAUAAUGUAUCGUCUGUACAAAGCCACAAAGAGCAGUCUCAGGAGCAUUGCACCAAAAGAAAUAAAGCUUCUCAAAUAUUUGCUAAACAUAGCUGAUCCUGAAGAGCGAUUCUCAGCCUUGGCAACAUCAUUCUCCCCAGGAGACGAACACGAAGCCAAACAUCCUAAAGCUUUAUACUCUACUCCAAAAGAGCUACUCAAGUGGAUUAAGAUCAUGCUCGACGCAUACCAUCUCAACAAGGAGGAGACUGAUAUUAGGGAAGCCAAGCAGCUGAUUGACCCUGUAGUUAUACAAAGACUCUUCAUCCUCAAAGAAACUAUUGAAGAGGAAUAUUUGGAACAGGGCACAGUUCAAAAGCCUCAAACAGAAGACGAUGGAAAGUCAGAAGAGUUAUAAGGUGCUGUGCUGCCCAUAAUUUCAUCUUAAAAGCUCCAACGAUUCCCAAAAAGAGUUAGGAUUUCUGAAUCUUUGAGCUUCACAGAACCAAAGAAUCAUAUGCUUAUCUGUAGCAUGCUGAGUUUCCUUAGCUCUUAACUAGGAGGAAUAAUCAGGAGAAAUUUUGGUGCCAAUUUUGUAACAUGGGAAUGGGAUUUUUUUUCUCUGUUUUGUAAUAUAGUUGUACUUUUAGUUUGUUACCAUUUUUACAUUUACUACACACAUUUUAUGGCCACAAAGCUAUAGCUCUGACUCCAGGGGAUGACUUUUAUCAAAGCACCAAAUGCUAUAAAGUAUGAGCAUUGCUACAA